GUCAGAUCUCUCCUCGACCGACUUGCACGCGACCUGUGAGGUCAAUAAUUAGGUUGCGAUUAGGGUUUCUUUCUCUCCCCAUCAACAUCUUCCUUCGUCUUCCCUUUCAAUCCCCUCUGCAAAUCUCUCUCUCUCUCUCUCUCUCUCUCUCUCUCUAGGUUAUCCGAUCAUGGAGAUGGAACGCGCGAUCGAGUUCCCACACACGCACAUGGACCGUCGCCCGCGAAAGAGGCAGCGUUUGGGCUGGGACGUCGCGCCUCAGGUCCCUAAGGCUCAGGUAGGAAUCUUUUGUGGACAAGAGGUUGGGAAUGUGACAAGCUUUGCAUCUUCAAGGGCUCCCUCAGACCACACUAGCUCCUCUUUGUUUGUUAAGGGAGUUGCUCGAAAUGGUUCUCCCCCAUGGCGAGAGGAUGACAAAGACGGGCAUUUCAUGUUUGCGCUUGGCGAAAAUAUAACUUCUCGCUAUAAGAUUCACAGCAAAAUGGGUGAAGGCACCUUUGGCCAGGUUUUGGAAUGUUGGGAUAGAGAAAGAAAAGAAAUGGUAGCUAUUAAAAUUGUUCGCGGAAUUAAGAAGUAUCGUGAAGCAGCUAUGAUAGAAAUUGAAGUUUUGCAACAGCUUGGGAAACACGAUAAAGGUGGCAACCGUUGUGUGCAAAUACGGAACUGGUUUGACUAUCGUAACCAUAUCUGUAUUGUGUUUGAGAAGCUUGGACCAAGCUUAUACGAUUUUCUAAGGAAAAACAAUUAUCGCUCAUUUCCCAUUGAUCUUGUUCGCGACAUUGGCAGACAACUGUUGGAAUGUGUAGCAUUCAUGCAUGAUUUGCAACUUAUCCAUACGGAUUUGAAGCCUGAGAAUAUUCUUCUAGUAUCUUCUGAGCAUGUUAAGGUUCCAGAUUAUAAGGUUUCGUCAAGAUCACCAAAAGAUGGAUCAUACUUUAAAAGAGUGCCAAAAUCAAGUGCUAUCAAGGUAAUUGACUUUGGCAGCACAACUUAUGAUCGUCAGGAUCAGAACUAUAUCGUAUCAACACGACAUUACCGAGCACCCGAAGUUAUUCUGGGGCUUGGAUGGAGUUAUCCUUGUGAUGUCUGGAGUGUAGGUUGUAUCUUAGUGGAGCUGUGCUCGGGAGAAGCAUUGUUUCAAACACACGAGAAUUUAGAACACCUAGCGAUGAUGGAAAGGGUGCUUGGUCCUUUGCCUCAGCACAUGUUAAAGAGAGUAGACCGUCAUUCAGAGAAGUACGUUAGAAGGGGGAAAUUAGACUGGCCAGAAGGUGCGACCUCAAGGGAGAGUAUCAAGUCUGUUCUAAAGCUUCCACGCCUUCAGAACCUAAUCAUGCAGCACGUAGACCAUUCAGCAGGAGAUCUAAUACACCUAUUGCAAGGGCUUCUUAAAUACGAUCCCACGGAUAGGUUGACUGCACGUGAGGCCCUUAGGCAUCCUUUCUUCGUCGGGGACCAUAUGAGGAGAUUAUGAGGUGUUAUGUUCCCCAAAAGGUUUCCUGCAAUCUCUAAAACAUGGGUUCUGAGCUGGAAAACUGGCCAUUACAAAGCAAUGUUAUGCGUGCUGCGCGGAAACACUGCCCAUUUCAACUGGAUUUAUUGCCGUGGUGCCUCCUGGUCAUGUGGCCUAAAAAUGAUUUAGGGCUGCUAGUUUGUAAAUACCCCAUUUUUGGGGAAAGUAGAUUUCACACUUGGUUUAUGAAACCCAUCAUUCAAGAACAUGAGAUUUUGGUGCCUAAUGUAGUUUCUUUACCCCUGCCUGUAACAUCUGAUCUGAAUACCUUCUGUUUUGGUAAUUAGCUUGAUUCUUUUGCAAA